AUGUGUUGCAACUACGGCAACUCCUGUGGCUAUGGCUGUGGAUAUGGCUAUGGCUGUGGCUAUGGAACUGGCUAUGGCUGUGGAUAUGGCUCCCGAUAUGGCUGUGGAUGUGGCUGUGGAUACGGCUCCUGCUGUGGCUAUGGCACCAGAUAUGGCUGUGGCUAUGGCACUGGAUAUGGCUGUGGCUAUGGCACUGGAUAUGGCUGUGGCUAUGGCUAUGGCUCUGGCUGCUGUGGCUACCGGCCAUUUUGCUAUAGAAGAUGUUAUUCUUCUUGCUGCUAG